UCGCAAUAACACAGUAUGUUUUCUUUACCCAUUAAAAUAGUUGGUACAAAAACUAGAAGAAAUAUGCAUUAUUUCGUUGUUUUAUUCGUUUUAGUGAUUUCUAUUAUUAUUUCUUCCUCCACAACAUUAAAGAACUUUUGCAUACGAACUGUGACACCUGGAGAAGUUCUUAAUUCUUUCUGGAGUGAUUCUGAAUUAUAUUCACGAGCUGUUGUUACAAAUGAAGAAAUUAUCGAUGUACCAACAAUAGUUUAUGGAUGCGGAAAUGAAUUUUCUGAAAUACUUGCAAUUUGCAAAGUAAAAACAUUGGAGAAUGAAAAAAUAAAAAUUGAGUGGACAACCCCUUCUGAAACUGAUAUAAGAAGAGAAGAAACCCUGAAAUUCACACAUGCUGAUGAAUAUGAAAGCUCAUUAAAAAUACGAAAUGCAACAUACAAUGAUAAGGGAAAUUACAAAUGCAACGUGAUAUUUCAGCAUGACAAAGUGAACACUGUCGAAAGAAUCAUAAAAGUUAAACCGAGACUAGGUGUCGAACCUGUUGACCAAGAGGAAGAUAAAAUCAAGCUGAAAGUUAUUAUAAAUAGUAGGAAUUCAGCUAUGUUCCAUGAAUGGUUACGAGUUGACCCGCAAUUUGACUAUAUUACAAGUAUUAAUGGAUACAACAACUAUCAGGUUGAUUUCAAGAAAAAUGACAUUACUCUCACAAUCAACAACUUCACUGAAAAUGAGGACGAAAAUGACUAUUACAUUUUCAGAGAUCUUGAUACACUAGCUUUUAUAGAAUUCAAUAUAACGAAAACUACCGGUGGUUAUAAUGUUUAUUAUUCUGCAAAAAAUGAAUGUGAACCUAAUAAUAAAUUUAUCCCGGAUUUUAAGUUCUACGCGUUCAUACCAGCAAUCAGUCAAACGCCGAAAAAGUCAACCCAAGGAAAGCCGUCUUGUUGAUCUAAGUUAGUUAUCUUAACUUUGAAAAAAAUCAUCAGAUUGUAAAAAAAUAGAAAAAAAAUUUACCAAUUUA